UGUAGUACCACCACCACCACUCUUAACACCAUCACCACCAAACAACUACAACAGCAACAACAAAAAGUUUUUCUAGCUCCUCUUUUUGCAUUUCUCUCUAAGAAGAUGGCAGCAAACACAUUGAGGAGCUGUGGAGUUGCAGCAGUUUUCCCAUCAGUUCUUUCUUCAUCUAAAUCGAAGUUCGCCACUUCAGUCGCUUUCCCCGGUGCUUACUCCAAUGGCUCAUCACGAUUCACCAUGUCCGCCGAAUGGAUGCCCGGUGAACCUCGCCCAUCUUACCUUGACGGUUCUGCUCCCGGUGACUUUGGAUUUGACCCUCUUGGCCUUGGAGCAGUCCCAGAGAACCUAGAGAGAUUCAAGGAAUCUGAACUCAUCCACUGCAGAUGGGCAAUGCUUGCUGUUCCUGGGAUCUUGGUGCCAGAGGCAUUAGGAUUGGGCAACUGGGUGAAGGCUCAAGAAUGGGCAGCACUUCCAGAUGGACAAGCAACUUACUUGGGCAACGUAGUCCCAUGGGGAACACUUCCAACCAUCCUAGUCAUUGAAUUCCUCUCAAUCGCAUUCGUCGAGCACCAACGUAGCAUGGAGAAAGACCCAGAGAAGAAGAAGUACCCUGGUGGCGCAUUCGACCCCUUGGGUUACUCCAAAGACCCUAAAAAGUUCCAGGAAUACAAAGUCAAGGAGAUCAAAAAUGGUCGUCUCGCUUUGUUGGCUUUCGUUGGAUUCUGUGUGCAACAAUCCGCAUACCCUGGAACCGGACCUUUGGAGAACUUAGCUGCCCAUUUGGCUGACCCAUGGCACAGCAACAUUGGGGAUGUUUUGAUCCCAAGAGGACUUUAAAUUUGCCUAGAUUGUUUGAAAUUUGUUAUCCCAUAACCCACUGUAAAACUCCCACGUAAUCAUUUAUAAUGAGCUCUUAAUUGCAGAUCUUGUUUUGUAAUUUUAUCAGUAAAAACUUCUAUCUGUAUUCUUCAUUCCACUACAAAAUUGUGUGAAACCUUCUCUAUAUCAAUGACACUUGCAACAAGAACUUAAACUA